AUGAUUCCUGAAAGUCAAUCUUCCUCGCAGAAUCAUCGUCAUGCAUGUAAUCCAGAAGACCACAAAACUGAGGAUGGAAGCGAAAAUUCAUAUCCACCUCUUCCAUCUAGAUUUCAUGAUUCAAAUGUAGUCAACAGCCUCUAUAUCCAGUCAACCAAACCUCAUUACAAGAUGAAGAAAUCAAUUCUUGCUGCUUUAAUGGUAAUUCUAUCACUACUAAUUCGAUCAGAAGGAAACGCAAGAUCCAAAAUCAUCAACAUGACAUGCGAUCAACAACUAGAAAACAACAUAACCCUCUUCAUGCCAAACUUCGUCCGUACAAUGGAAAUAAUCGGCACACUAUUGCGAACCUCCCGUAACGGCACCGCCAUCUCCGGCACCGGACCCGACGGAAACUACGGGCUCGGCCAAUGCUACGGCGACCUUUCACCUCAAGACUGUAUCUUAUGCUACGCCGAAGCCCGUACAAUUCUCCCCAGUUGCUUCCCGCACAACGGCGGCCGGAUUUACCUCGACGGUUGUUUUAUGCGAGUUCAAAAUUACAGCUUUUUUCAUGAAUAUACAGGUCCGAAUGAUAUGGUGGUUUGUGGGAAUACGACGGCGAAGAGUGGGUUGUUUGGGGCGGCGGUGAGGGAGGCGGUGGGGAAUGCGGUGGUUGAGGGUUCGGGAAAUUGGGAUUAUUUUGCGAGGGGGGAGAGUGUGGUGAAUGUGAAUGAGUCGGUGUUUGUGAUGGCGGAUUGUUGGAGGACUUUGAGUCCGGCGGAGUGUAGGAGGUGUUUGGAGAAUGCUUCGGCGGCGAUUUCGAAAUGUCUGCCGUCGACGGAGGGGAGGGCGUUGAAUGCCGGGUGUUUUAUGCGGUAUUCUGAUACGGAUUUUUUGAAUCCUAUACCAGUUGCAACUAUCUCUAGCAAUAGAGGGAUGGUACUAGCUAUCGUGGUUUCCAUUGUUAGUUCCGUGACAGUCCUCACAGUUGCUUUGAUGAUCAUUUUGUAUAUCAUGAAACACAGACUUAUACAAAAGAAGAGAAGAGGCUCUUAUGAUGCAAAGAAAUUAUCAAAGAUGCUUAAUGACAGUAGCUUAAAUUUCAAAUACUCGACUAUUGAAAAAGCCACGGCGAAUUGGAACGAAUGCAAUAAGCUCGGACAAGGAGGAUUCGGAACUGUCUACAAGGGUGUUCUUUCAGAUGGGAGAGAAAUAGCUGUGAAGAGGCUCUUCUUCAACAACAAAUUUAGGGCAACUGAUUUCUAUAACGAAGUUAACAUGAUUAGCAGUGUUGAACACAAAAACCUUGUGAGGUUGUUAGGAUGCAGUUGUUCAGGGCCCGAAAGCAUUCUCGUAUACGAAUAUCUACCUAACUUGAGUCUUGACCGCUUCAUUUUCGAUGCAACAAAAGGCAAGACCCUAAACUGGCAGAAAAGAUUUUUAAUCAUUAGUGGUACAGCAGAAGGUCUAGUCUACCUUCAUGAAAACACCAAGAACCGGAUUAUUCAUAGAGAUAUCAAAGCUGCUAACAUCUUGUUAGACUUGAGACUUCGCGCUAAAAUAGCCGAUUUUGGGUUGGCCAGAUCUUUUCAAGAUGAUCAAAGUCACAUCAGCACUGCGAUAGCUGGAACACUAGGAUAUAUGGCUCCAGAGUAUCUAGCCCAUGGCCACAAAACCGCAGAAUAUACAGACAGCUUAGUGUCUAUUGCAUGGAAUCAUUUCCAGGAAGAUACUGUUGAGGAAAUAUUCGACCCGAAUCUAAUGAUGCAGCAUUAUGUCAACACAAAUGACCUCAAAGAAAUUAAAAAGGUGAUACAAGUGGGACUUCUUUGCACACAAGAAGCUCCAUCUUUAAGACCAUCAAUGUCAAUGGUACUAAAAAUGUUAGCAAAAGAUGAAACUUUACCCCUCCCUUCUAAUCCACCUUUCAUAGAUGAAAAAACCAUGGAACUAAAUGACAUAUCAGAAAAGUUACGGUUUUACAAUUACGGGGAUAAUGCUUGUUCCAUCGCUACUGUUUCCCACAGUGAUUUCUACCCGAGGUAAUGGAAAAAAAACUUGUUUUCCAUAUUUCUCUAUAUUUUAUUUCAAAAAUUAAUUAUUUAUAUUUGUUUAAAUGAUUUGGUGUGU